GGACCAGGUUUGCCAAUGAUCCCGCCUUUGUAUCAACAGGCAGGAUGGCUUGCACCUACAAUUGUCAUUAUCGCCGUUGCAUUUCUCUCGGGAGUAGCUUCACUCUUCAUAUGUGAAGUUCUUGCCAGUAUUCGAGGAAACGAGAAAUUUCAGGCACAAGUCGAAAUCACUACCGUGGCACAACUUUUACUGGGCAAGAAAUAUCAUUAUUUUUUCCAAGUUAUCUUAUACAUAGCGCUUCAAGCCGUCAAUAUCGCAUCUAUUGUCAUAUCAUCACAAACGAUGGAUAACCUCAUCAUCACUCUAUUCAAGGGCACAUGCGGUCUCAAUAUCUAUCCAGGAGGAUGGAUUUGCGUUGAUCAAGGCACUUCACAGAGCGGCUCUCCAUUCAGUGAGAGUGAUUAUUUUAUCUUUACAAUGGGAUAUCUCCUCACGAUGGUUAUGGUGAUGCCUCUCGGAUUCUUUGACUUGGUCGACAAUAUGGGCGUCAUGAUUGCUUCGCUAAUCACGAUGGCAGUUGUUACAAUCCAAUGGGUCGUUGCUUUCUGCCAAGAAGGGUUAAAGACGGAAUUAAUGCCAGCGACAGGACCAAGCGCCGGUAUGGUGUUGGGUAUUAUAAUUUUUAACUUUAGUUAUGUGACUACAGUGCCGACAUGGGUGAACAGUAUCAAUCCCGACGUAUCAAUUCACAAAUGCAUUACUUGGUCCAUCAUCAUUACUACCGCCAUUUAUAUUGUUCUGGGCGUCUUUGGCGGUAUGGCAUAUCCAAUGUCAGUCUCCGACAAUAUCCUCACCCUUCUCAGUAAUGAAAGUACAGUGGCGUCUAAAGUCACUACGUACCUUUUCCCGAUCUGUGCUUUGGUUACUUCGAUCCCUGUGUAUGUGAUUGUCAUUCGAUGCAACUUGUUGCGUGGCGGUCUGUGCGGUAGACGCUGGGCCGUUUUUUGGUCCAAUCUUCUUCCAUGGAUUAUCUCAAUCCCUUUGAUGAACAAGAAUUGGAUGAAUGCCAUACAAAAUUGGAUCAGCCUCUUUUUCCAAUCGAGCACCAACUAUAUUCUGCCAUUUGUACUCUACUUUGUCUCACGCAAAUUCCAAGCGAGUGUC